GCAGACCGCGGAGGGGCUCGGGGGGUUUAUUGCCUCGGAUCCGUUCCCCGGCACUCGGCUCGUUUCCCCGGGACUCGGAGGGCUGCGAUCGGGCCGGCGAUGCGGGAGCAGCUUCGGAACCACCAGACCCAGACAACAUGCUGGGACCAUCCCAAGAUGGCCGAGCUCUACCAGUCUCUGGCCGACUUGAACAAUGUUCGCUUCUCGGCCUACAGGACAGCCAUGAAGCUCCGGCGCCUGCAGAAGGCCCUCUGCUUGGACCUGGUGAGCAUGCCCGUGGUGUGCGAGGUGCUGGACCAGCACGGCCUGAAGCAGAACGAGCAGCUGCUGGACAUCUCCCAGCUGGUCACCUGUCUGACCAGCCUGUACCAGCGGCUGGAGCAGAGCCACUCGCACCUUGUCAAUGUCCCGCUGUGCGUGGACAUGUGUCUCAACUGGCUGCUCAACGUCUACGACACUGGUCGCACCGGAAAGAUCCGGACUCUGUCGUUCAAAACUGGAAUCAUCUCGCUCUGCAAGGCUCACCUGGAGGAUAAAUACAGAUUCUUGUUCAGACAGGUUGCCAGUGCGACAGGUUUCUGUGACCAGCGUCGCCUCGGCCUCCUCCUCCACGACUCCAUCCAAAUCCCCCGGCAGCUCGGCGAGGUCGCCUCCUUCGGCGGCUCCAACAUCGAGCCGUCCGUCCGCAGCUGCUUCCAGUUUGCCAACAACAAACCGGAGCUGGAGGCAGCCAUGUUCCUGGACUGGAUGCGUCUGGAGCCCCAGUCCAUGGUGUGGUUACCCGUCCUGCACCGCGUGGCUGCUGCUGAGACGGCCAAGCACCAGGCCAAGUGCAACAUCUGCAAGGAGUGUCCCAUCAUAGGAUUCAGAUAUCGGAGUCUGAAACAUUUCAACUAUGACAUUUGCCAAAGCUGCUUCUUCUCUGGUCGCGUUGCCAAGGGCCACAAGAUGCAGUACCCCAUGGUCGAGUACUGCACUCCGACGACAUCAGGGGAGGAUGUCAGGGACUUUGCCAAGGUGCUGAAGAACAAGUUCAGGACCAAGCGCUACUUUGCGAAACACCCACGCAUGGGCUACCUGCCUGUCCAGACAAUCCUGGAGGGAGACAACAUGGAGACUCCCGUCACUCUGAUCAACUUCUGGCCCGUAGACCAUGCGCCCGGCUCGUCCCCUCAGCUCUCACAUGACGACACGCACACUCGGAUCGAGCACUACGCCAGCCGGUUAGCAGAAAUGGAGAAUCGUAAUGGCUCAUAUCUGAAUGACAGUAUCUCACCCAAUGAAAGCAUCGAUGACGAGCACAUGUUGAUCCAGCACUACUGCCAGUCUCUGAACCAAGGCUCUCCUCUCAGCCAGCCCCGCAGCCCCGCCCAGAUCCUCAUCUCCAUGGAAACAGAGGAGAAGGGAGAGCUGGAACGGGUCCUCAACGACCUGGAGCAGGAGAACAGGAAGCUGCAAUCGGAGUACGACCGCCUGAAGAAGGCCCACGACAGGAAGGGCCUGUCGCCGCUGCCCUCGCCGCCAGAGAUGCUUCCGGCGUCGCCGCAGAGCGCGCGCGACGCCGAACUCAUCGCCGAGGCCAAACUGCUGCGGCAGCACAAAGGACGUCUGGAGGCCCGGAUGCAGAUCCUGGAGGACCACAACAAGCAGCUGGAGUCCCAACUGCACAGGCUGAGACAGCUGCUGGAGCAGACGGAUUCCAAGGUGAACGGCACAGCUCUGUCUUCUCCCUCCACCUCCUCCCAGCGCUCAGACUCCUCCCUCCCUCUGCUCCGUGUGGCAGCCAGCCAGACCACUGACACAAUGGGUGACGAUGAGCUGUCCAGCCCCUCCCAAGAUGCAUCUGGGCUGGAGGAAGUGAUGGAACAGCUCAACAAUUCCUUCCCUCAUAGUCAGGGUCCCAGCAUCGGCAGUUUGUUCCACAUGGCCGAUGACCUGGGCCGUGCCAUGGAGUCACUGGUCAGCGUGAUGACGGACGAGCAGAGCGCCGAACAGCACGAGGCCCCGCCCCUCUGA